UUAAGGCCUGGCCUUGAUGAACUACUCCAGCCAGCAGUCUCGUCCAAGAGUCGUGAUCGUCACUACAACCUGACCAAAGUUAAGUUUGGAAACUAUCCAGUAUGCUCUUUUUCUUAAAAAGAGCUUGAUGCACUUCUUCUACUUUAUCUUGAAGAAUUAACGGUACAAUGAAGUCCCAAAUUUGGUUGGUGUCGUUGGUUCUCGCUGGAUUAAUUCAAGUUGCUCAGCAGUCGUGCACGAGUUUGGACCCUUACGUUGAUCUUGUACCAGGUUGGAACGGAGGUGUCUACUGUGCUCCUAGCGUUCCUCUGAAUAACUACGAACAGUGCAACGACGCCCUUGGUUUGGAAUCCCGUGAAAUCCCGGACGACCAGCUCAGCGCAUCCAGCGUCCUGGACAACGACCCUGAUUACGGGGCGGCUUACGGCCGCAAUCAGGACGCUCGCACCAAAGGCACGGGCUGGGUGGCCGAUGUCAGCGAUCCGAACCAGUGGUUGAAGAUCGACAUUGGAUUUCUUAGCGUCGUUGCCCAGAUCUCCACUCAGAGCAGGGGAUGGAAAGGGCCCAAUGAGUGGGUGUCAGCGUAUAAAAUAGAGUACAGUCUGGACGACGUCAAUUACACCACUUAUCAAGAAAGUGGGAGUGAUGUGGUUUUCACCGGAAACGAUGCUGCUUACACCAGUGUUAUUAAUGCCCUGGCCGACCCGGUUCUGGCCCGUUACAUCAAGUUUCGUCCAGUGUCGUGGAAUGGGGGAAGAAUCGCCUUGAGGGCCGAGCUGUAUGGCUGUAAACACACUAUUGCGGCCAAUGAACAAGCCCUCCUUGAUGCCAAUUUGAGCGAGGGUUGGUACUACGACACAUCCAGUGGAUCAACGACCAUUAGAUACAUGGUGGAUGUUUUCCCAAAUCGUAUCGUGUUGGAGUCACCGCUUGGCAUGGAGGAUUCCACCAUACCCGACAGUGACAUCACAGCAUCCAGCUACAUCGUGACCUUUACUCCUGCCGCGGCCAGACUAAACGGUGUCCGUACGUCUAAUUUUGGUGGUGCCUGGGUUGCCGCAGCUGCGGACACAAGCCAGUAUCUGCUCAUAGAUCUGAAGGGAAACACUUACAUCUCUAAGAUUCAAGUUCAAGGGGUUUCCGAAAUAGCAAGCUACUUCACGCAGACUUACUAUCUCGAAAGCAGCCGGGACGGGUUGACAUACACCGACUACAACUAUGAAGGUUCACAAAAGUUGUUUACUGGUAACAGCGUGGAUGGAAAUACGGGAGCGACAGCCUUCCUACCCGUUCCCCUUUUCACACGAUUCUUGAAGAUAAAUCCUCAGAGCUGGUCUGAUAACUAUCCAGCUCUUCGUGUCGAGCUGUAUGGAGAGAGAAUAGUUGCCGACAACUGCACUUUUUGGUACAACGCUGGUAAAACCACCCCAGGUUUCUACAUGAUAGCGGUUACAUCCAACCCGGUCACUUACGACGGUGUUUACUGCGGUUUCAGCAAUGCCUACACGACUUGUUUGGACUACAAGACAGCAGGUAAUACGGUGGAUGGUUACCAUUGGAUUUACCCAGGAGGCACUGGUAACGGCUUCCCUGUGUACUGUUACUUCAGUCGGAUACAGAACGACGGGGCAUACACAGUGAUUCCUCAUGACAAACCCGGCCAAGUCUAUCUGAAUGCAACCGCCCUGACCGGAACAUACACCGCCGCAGGAUCAAAUGUUCAUACAAUCACCUAUUCGUACAAUGUGGACAUUGCCGAGAUAGCCAGUCUGGCCGCCGCCUCUCAAUUCUGCCACCAAUCCCUCUACUACGUGAGUUCCAAUGCCAGGAUCUGGAGUUCUAAUGGUAACACACAGUACGUCUGGUGGGAGUCUCACAACGAUGAACAGAUGACGUACUGGGCAGGGGCGGACCCGGCGGGGGCCAGCGGCUGCCGGUGUGGUCAGGCGGGGAAUUGCAUCGACGGAAACAAGUGCAAUUCCGACUGGGGCGAGGACGAGCUUGCAUACGACGGAGGUUUCAUUACCGACAACAGCAAACUGCCGGUGAAAACCCUGAAGAUUGGUGACAUCGAUUCUUCAAACUCUGCGACCUUCACAUUAGGCAGCCUUGUGUGCAUGGAGUCAUCCGCUGCUCUACCGACGUCUUGUUUAGCUGCUCAGACUGCCGGCUAUUCAACCGAUGGAUAUUACUUACUGGACCCAGAUGGAGCCGGAGCCCUACAACCUGUACUAGUUCACUGUGAUUUCAGCACAGUAAAAAACGCAGUCACCAUGGAAAUUGGGCACAACUUCGAAGGGGACAAUGAGAUCGCAGAGUACCCUAAAGCUGGGGAUUUUGCCAAAGAUAUCGCCUACUCGGACGGAGCUAGCCUAGCCUCGCUUGCUAGUCUGGUCGGAGCUUCGACGGCCUGCACCCAGUACUUAGGACUUCAGUGCAGUAAAUUCAAAAUGUACAGUGGCAACAAUUUGUACGCUUGGUGGGCGACCCACGAUGGCACAAGUAUGACCCACUGGUCCGGAACAACGGAGGCCUACGCAUGCGCCUGCGGACCUACCGGCUCCUGCUACCAAACUUCCGACUCUUGCAACUGCGGGAGCGGUUCCACGUCUUGGAAGGAGGACAAGGGGUACCUCACCGACCAGGGUGAACUUCCGGUCUCGCAGGUCCGAAUUGGAAAAACCAGCAGCAAUAAAAGAGCGAUUAUUACCCUGGGGACUUUGAAGUGCUACGAGAGAGUUGGGUCGCAGGUGCAGACAUGUUAUGAUGCCAAACAGGGCGGAGCCACAGACGAUGGUUACUAUCUCGUUGAUGCGGAUGGGAGUGGCCCUGUAAAUGCAUUCGUAGCUGAGUGCAAUGUGACCUUCAACUCCACUCACGCCCGGAUUAAACUCAGCCACGACAGCGAGUCUCGCACACACGUCGCCGGUGAGGGUUCGGCGGGCUCCUUCAUUCGAUCCGUCCUGUACGAGAACAUGGACGUGGCUCAGCUACAGGCACAGUUUACUCUCCCGGACGCAGACUACUAUCAGACAUGCGUACAGGACAUUAAGUACGAGUGCUACAACGCUAAACUCUUGAAGAGUGGUACCAGUUGGUGGGUAUCGUUUGACGGCCAGAGUCAGGACUACUGGGGCAGUGCCAAUGGAGGGCCGCUGCAGAGCGGCUACUGCAGCUGUGGCGUCGACGGCAGUUGCCAGGAUUCCAGCGAGAAGUGUAACUGCGACGCGGAGCAAGCCUCCUGGCUCGAGGACGCCGCUACCCUAAUUGACUAUCGCUCCGAUGUUCUCCCGGUGGUCCAGCUACGCUUCGGUGACACCGGUGGUGGUGCUGGCAGCGAGGAAGGAUACUUCACGCUUGGCAGCUUGUACUGCUACAUCUCAGCCCGUGAGUAGUGCUCAGCGAGUCUAUCUCGAUCGCUUUAUAUAGGGACCAUCAGAGUCAAAACAUCUCACAGAGGCGGCGCGCUGGCGAGAGCGUUGCAGCUGUUAGCGCUUGGCGUCACCUUUUUUGUUUCCCAGUUUGUUUUUGCCAACAGUUUCACAUAGGUUUUCGAUGGACGGUGUGCUACGCGCUGAUCCGCUAUGAAGCAAGUGCCUCUGUAAUCUAUUGAAGGUUUUAAACACCUCACCUGAUGGUGCUGACCUUGAUUGAUGUGUAUGCGACUCCUAGCUGGGUCAAUAAUCUCCGAUCAGAUGCCCCUCAGACGCACGUUGCACAGCGUAAUUGGCACUCCUGACUCCAAUCAACUCGCAGACGCAAGGUGGUGCUCGGUUUUACGGAUGAGGAUGCUGGAAGCCUAACGUCUCGAUCAUGCAGCUCACAGGACGACAACUCGGUGCUCUGUUUUCUAGAUGUUCAUCUGU